CUAUGUCUAUGGAUUCAAAAUAUUUGCGGAUGGCGCGUAUCUUGUGGUGUGACGGUUAUUAUUGUAAACAAGAAACAGUUAAAUGAUUGAAGCUCAAUUUGAAUCAAUUUAACCAAUAAACGCAUUUUAGACUUAAUUAAGAAUUAUAAGUGAUUGAUUCAUUAUUCAGUCAUGUCUUUUCCAAGAGCUAAAAUCAAGAGAUUCAAUGAUAUCCAAGCUGCUACACCCUCACCAGCCCAUUAUAAUGUGGAUCUUAAACAAAAAACAAAAUUGGGAAUUAUACCCCAACAAGAACGUUUUACAGAUUGUAGAAGUCCUCCAUUAUCAGAAACUGGAUCUACACAGAGUACCCCUUGUUUCAGAACGCCGACCAUUGUCAAGAGGCGGGCCGUUUUGGGUUCUGCAUUAAAGCCAAAGUUUCAAACUUCAAAAUUAUCUGACAGAGAGUUUUUGCAUGAAAAAUCUGUUGAAUGCAAAAAUAAAGAUACUUUUAUUAAAGAGUUGUCUGAACAGUUAGAAGAAUUCAAGAAUAAGUUAUAUGAAAUACAAUGUGAAAAAGAGGCUGUUUCAAAAGAGAAAGAAAAAUUCGAAACAGAAAUCUUUCAAUGGAAAACCACCCAUGAUGCAGAAAUUGAUAUCCUUUGUGUAAAACAUGGUAUUGAAGUUUCUGGCCUUAAUGAUAUGAUAUCAAAACUUGAAUCUGAUUUGAAGUUGUUGAAAAGCAAGAAUGAAUUAUUGAAUGAAGAAAAAGAAAAAUUGGAGAGCACCAAUCAUAAAAAAAUAUAUGAGUAUGAGAUGAAAAUAUCCGCUAAGAACGACAUUAUAGAGAAAACUCAGAAAACUCUGGAAAAAAUGCAAGAGGAUAAAAAAAUUAUUGAAGAGAAACAUAAAAAUGAAGUAGAAGUAAUGAGAAAUAAGCAUCUUACAGAACUACAAAAUCUAGAGAUCACAAUGCUCAAGAGUAUUCAUGACAUGCAAAUGGCUCUUGAUGAACAAAAAUUGCAGAGUCAAUUGAAGGUAAAAGAAAUAGAAAACUCUUUUCAAAACCAGAUUGAAAUUUUGAAGGUGUCAUUUUUUGAAGAGAAGGAACUGAUAAAUAAUCAGAAUAUUGUUACCAUAACCCAACUCGAGGAAAAGAUGAACGAGAUAAAGCUUAUAUCUGAAAUUCAAGCUUCAGAAAAGUGCUCAGAACUCGAGAACUAUUGGAAAAAGAAACUAGAAAAUAAAGAGAAAGAAUCGAAUGAAAUAUUAAAGGAAUGUCAAGCCAUCAGUGAAUACAAUAUAAUUCAGAGUGAAAUUGAAAAAAAUGCAUACAAGUCAAAAUUUGAGGAGAGCGCUAUGAAGUAUAAAGUUCUGGAAAAGAAAUAUGAUGAUGUUUACUUAAAAUAUAGGAAACUUCAGUCAAGUUAUUCCGAUGCCCAGACCAAACUCUAUCGCCUCAUAAAAGAGAUGAGAGAUAAAGAAGCAUUCAGAGACCAAAUAAAUCAGAUGAUUGUUGAGAAACAAACAUAUCAACUUACAAUAUCAAGAUGUCAACAAACAAUAGAUAUUUUGAAGGAUAGAUUAAAAGAAUCUGAUCAUGAUGUGGAGCAACUGAAAAAUGAAAUAUCCAAUAAUGAAAUAAAAUUGUUGGAAUACGAGCAUAAGUUCAAUAUAAUGUCUGAUGAAUUAAGAGAUGCUCUGGCUUUGACUGAAACCCUUGAACUGAAUAAUGAAUCAAACAUGAAAAUCGCACAAGAAGAAGUGGAAAAGUUGAAGACGGUUCUUUUGAGCAAGGUGGAAAAAUUCAAAUUGAUAUCUGAAAAGAAUAGAAUCAUUCAUGAAGAAGAGUUACACAUUUUGAGGGAGGAAAGAGAAGAACUUCUACAGAUGCUUGAACAACAUCAAGUACUUAAUCUCAGUUCUAAUUAUUUAUUAACAAAAGCUAACCUGGAAAUUGAAAAAUUGUCAUCGCUGAACUCGCAAUAUAGUCAACAAAUCGAAAAUUGGAAAUCUCAAAAUGAUGAUUUACGGAGCAAGAUUGAUGAUUUUGUUGGUAAAGAAACUAGUUGGACCAUUGAGAAAAAAGAGUUGGACUUGAAAAUGGACAUUUUGAAAAAUGAAAUCAAACAAAUGAAAUUACGUGAAGCAGAUUGGAAGCAGAGUUGUAGCAAAGUGGAGGAAAUGGAAAAAAAAUGUGAGAAUUACAAGGAGAAACUCUCAGAAAAAGAUUCUAGAAUAACUGAAUUGGAGCAAGAAAUUAGACCAAUCCACAUCAAAUAUUUGAAACUAGAAGAACAAAAUGAAAUGCACCUGAAAAUUAUUCAAGAACAGAAAACUCUAAUAGCCCCAUUCAAAGAGCAGCUAGAGUCCUACGAAUUGGAAAUGAAGAAUUUGAAAAGUGCCAAGGAUCACAUUGAAAACGAGGCAAAAGAUUUGGGACAGAAAUAUGCCGAAAUAUUGGGGCAUCAAAACCACAAACAGAAAAUUAAAUACAUGCUCAACUUGAAAUCGAAAAAUGAAGAAUUUUCUAAGAUGAAUAUUGACUUAGAAUCGAAGCUGAGGAUUCAAGAGAAGAAGUUGGAGAAAUUGACAAGAGAGAAUACUGAUCUCAAGAGAAAUUCUAGGAAAAUACCGAUAUAUGAAGAUAAAGAAAAUAUAGGAAGUCCUAACAGAUCUUUCAAAUGUGACAGUCCAGGCCCGCUAAAAAUUCUGAAUUAAUAUGAUUCGCCCUCUCAUCAUUAUACCUCAUUGAUAAUUUUUUUUUUUAAUUUUACAAACAAGUUGAGCGUUUCCAAAGGUUUGUUUAACUCGUUUUAUAUUAUGUUUUAUAAUGCUAUUUAUUGAAUUUCGACUUUCAUUUUAAUUUAUUCAUUUCUUUAAUUCCAGUAUAUUAAUUUUCAAGUACAAAACUAAAUUCUAAUCCCUGUUAAGUUUGCAUUUCUUGUUGAAAAUGAUGUGUUCUCAUUAAGUCUGACUAGUAUAAUGAAAAAUGUUUUUAUAUUCCAUGAAUCGAAUUGUGAAUCGUACGAUUAUAUUUCUUUGAGUCUGAUAGUAAAUAUUAAAUUUUUAAUGAAACAA